AUGAGAAGUAUUGUUAUUGGAAUUAUUAUUAUUUGUAUUAAUGCAGUAGAAAUAAACAAAUGUAUGUAUGUAAGUUAUAAUAAUGAACAACAUUCAAUUUCAAUCAAUAAAAUAUACCCACAUUCUAAAGACUGUUAUACACAAGGGUUAAUUAUUGAAAAUAAUAAUUUAUACGAGUCAUGUGGGAUGUAUGGACAGUCUUCCAUUAAUAAAUAUUCAUUUCCAUCACUUCAAUUACUUCAUACAACACAAUUAAAUAAUUCAGAAUUUGGAGAAGGGAUUACUAUGGUAAAUAAUACUUUAAUUAUGUUAACAUGGAAAGAACAUAAAUGUCAUCUUAUUAACCCAUCAACAUUAGACAUUAAAUCAACGUUAUUUUACCCAUUGCAUGGAUGGGGAAUUACUAAUGACUUAAAUCAAACAAUAUAUGUUUCAGAUGGAUCAAAUAAAAUAAGAGAAAUAACAAUUAAAAAUAAUGAAAUUCAAAUAGAAAAAGAAUGGAGAGUUCAACGAGGAAAUGGGUUUGUAAAAGAGUUAAAUGAAAUGCAGUUUAUAGACAAUAAGUUAUAUAUUAAUGUUUAUUGGGAAGAUAAAAUUAUUAUUGUUGACCUUAAAACAAAAUAUGUUAUUGGUGAAAUUUGGUGUAAUAUUAAUAGAAGUGGAAAUGAAGAAGUUUUUAAUGGAAUUGCUCAAAUAAAUUCAAAUACUUUAUUAGUUACUGGAAAAUAUUGGAAUAAAAUGUUUGAAUUAACAAUUAAUUAG